GAAUACAUUUAAACGGCAGCGGCACAGAAAAGGAUUGAAAUCAUCCUAGGUUGGAGGGCUGCAAGCCGGCUAUUUUAACGUUACAUUGGGCAUUGUCCGUAUGCCACUGAAACAUUUGCUACCGUUAGCUUUUGGGCAAAGGGCGUGAAAGCUGGCAUCAGUAGUGGCUUUCCUGCAGCGCAGACGAGCGACAGAUUUGUGCGCUUACCGCAGGCCCCGCAAUCGGCAAAACAAAAACACGGGGGGAAAAGAUAAACCAGUGGCUAUGAUCAAUUUUAAGACUGGGCCAAUGUAAAAAAAAAUACCUGCACUGUAAAGAAACGCGAGUUUAGUUUGCAGUGCUAAUAUCUGAUGUAUGUAACCUUUAUUUAAGGGAAAUCCUCGUCUGUUUUCACUUGCAUGAUGAACAAACCAACGCUCAGCAGGAUGUCUGAGUUCAGCGAGGAGCCGCGCUUCACUAUUGAGCAGAUAGAUCUACUGCAGCGGCUGCGUCGCACUGGCAUGACCAAGCAGGAGAUCCUGCACGCGCUUGACACUCUGGACCGGCUGGACCGGGAGCACGGUGACAAGUUUGGCCACCGCACCUCUUCUUCCUCCUCCUCCUUGUCCUCCUACGGAGUAGGCGGGGCAAACAGCUGCACCAACAACUCUGCCUCUAACACAGCUACCACAUCUUUAAACGAUAACAACACUGCCUCGGCAACCACCACCUCUUCCACGUCAUGCAACGGCAACAACAGCGCCAUCAACAGCGGAGAGGGCAGCGCUGUCGAUCACUCUGCGGUCACCGCCUCUUCCACGACCUCCAAAAUCUCCAUCGCCACGCAGACUCAGUUUAGCAGUGGCGGGGGACUUUCGCCAUCUCCUAGCAACAGCUAUGACACCUCCCCGCCUCCAGGGCCGCCUCCGCCUUCUGCUGUCAUGCCAUCACCAGUCUCCUUGGUGGCACUGUCACAGAAUGGGCGCGAUAGCCUAGCUGCUACACCCAACGGGAAGCUGUCGCCUCCACGAUAUCCAGUGAACAGUGCAGCCGCAGCACGAGCAUUUGGGUUUGAAGCUACAGAAGAAGACCUAGAUACUGACGAUAAGGUGGAGGAGCUGAUGAGGAGGGACAGCAGUAUGGUGAAAGAGGAGAUCAAAGCGUUCCUGGGGAACAGGAGGAUCUCUCAGGCAGUGGUGGCACAAGUUACCGGCAUCAGCCAGAGCAGGAUCUCCCAUUGGCUACUGCAGCAUGGCUCUGACCUGAGUGAGCAGAAGAAGAGGGCCUUCUACCGCUGGUACACGCUGGAGAAAACCACACCAGGUACAUCUGACUUCAGUACCCCCCUGACUCUGUGCUGUGACUCCUCUGCUAUUUAUAGCUACUUCAAUGACAACCAGUACCCAGAUGAGGCCAAACGGGAGGAGAUAGCAAAUGCCUGCAAUGCUGUUAUUCAGAAACCAGGGAAGAAGCUGUCUGAUCUGGAGAGGGUCACCUCCCUGAAAGUGUACAACUGGUUCGCCAACCGUCGCAAAGAGAUCAAGAGACGGGCCAACAUUGAAGCCACAAUCCUGGAGAGUCAUGGGAUAGACGUCCAGAGUCCAGGGGGACACUCCAACAGCGAUGACAUCGAUGGGAAUGACUUCUCAGAGCAGGCCUGUGACCUGCCCUAUUUUGACAAGAGACCUCUCAGCCGACCAUUUGGCCUUUACCGACUGGAGCCCACCUCACCCACACAGGAUGACAGUGCAGCACACAGUGAACACCAGGACCCCAUCUCUCUGGCUGUGGAGAUGGCUGCUGUCAACCACACCAUCCUGGCCCUGUCCCGAACUGGAGGGGUCCCCAGCGACAUCAAGACGGAGUCCCUGGAGGAUGAAUGAACCGCACAGGAAUUGGGAUGGAGGAAGCAGACGAGAGAAAGGACAGAGUCGUGAGAGGAAAGCAAAGGAGGCGCAGAAUAGGUGGGAAACGGGACUUAAAAAGAGAGACCAAAAUAAUGCUACUUAGUAAACUUUCAGAAUCUGUCCAUCAGCCAGUCCCCCUGCCAGCUGUUCCUUCUCUCUCAGCUCUCCUCCUCCCACAGAGUCCAUGUAAACAGUAAUUACCCCCCACCCCACACUCAAUAUAUGGACACAGCUGGCAGAAAUGGGUCAUUAUACGUCCUCUGAUCUCUGUGAAAAUGUUCCCUGGAAAGAAGAAAAGGGUGCACUCCAAGCCUUUAACCCCCUAAAAUGGGUGACUCUUGUCUGGGAUUGUCUCUCCCAGGAUCUCCGCUAUCUUCCCUCAGUACACUUUCUCCUCACAAGAUACCUCUUCUCUUUCCAAUCCUCUUCCUUAUUCCCGUUCCUUCCCUUUCCAGCCUAGUUGUCUGAGCCGAUCCUCAGUCUAUCUCACCUCAACGUCAACCUCAGAAAAAUAACGUGUACUGUAUAUAUAUAUAUUAUAUAUGGUUCUUAUGAUUCUCACACUCACCUCAUGGUGUGCUAUCUACCUACCUACCUACCUACACUCCCUAAAUUCACGUUCUUCAUUGUGCAAUUCAUCAGAAGAGCAUCCUCUGGCCACCAUCUUGGGAAAGAUGGAUGGAGAGAGUUUCCUUCUCUUUCUCUGUGACACGCAGCCAGUCAGGAAGGAUAUUAUCGGCAGACAGAACUGUCCAGUCACUGUCUUCACCCUUUGUAGUUCUCGUUCCUCAGUGGAAUGGCUUUUUGUUUUCCUACAGUAGAGCCGCUGUUGGAUGAAAAUCUCUAAAUGCUCAGCUAAAAAAGGAGUAGCCUUAAUUUUAUACAAACAGUCACACCUUUCCUUUUUGCAGUAUGCAGCAGACUUAUUUUUUUCUCUGACAAGGAACUUUUUAGUACACAAAAAUAAAAUACCAGAAUCAAUGUUAAAGUUUAUAUCCAACAAUAGCAGUGGUUUUAGUUAUUUCACUUGCAUUUCUCUGUUUUUAACUCAAGAGGCGACUUGCUAUACAAUCAUUUUACCUCAGUACUUAGCUUCCCGAUGUCACUAUUGUCAAGUGCUCCUCCAGAGUACUUGAGCUCUGAGAAUCAAUUUAGUGUCAAUGUGAUAAUCGAGCAAACAAGCUAUCCAAUAAGAGGAAUUGUGCUUUCUUUAAAAAAAAAAAACAAUGUCGUCCAUGCCAAAGCAAAAGAUGCUUGUAGAAAAAAUGUGAAGAGGCUAAAAGCUAAGACUGUCCACACUCGUCCAAAGUGAUUUCUCCUAACUCCUUUGGUGUAUGUAGGAGCUUUCAGUGAAGCCUCCCAGGCCAAUGGGCUUGACGCUACAGCAGGCCUGUGUCAGUAAAGAUGGUAAAUGUUAGAUACCAAGACUGGGCAGUGGAGAGAUGCCACUGGGGUCAGGUUAAGUAUCAUAAGAUUUGACUGGUUAGGUAUUAUGAUGAAGGUUAGGUUCACAUUAAAGUAAGGGGAAGCACAUAUCAAUGGAUAACAGAUUUCACUUCCACCAGAAUCUACUCCAAGUCUUCGGUUCUAAAGCUAAUCCUGCAAAGAUAGUUAUUAGCAACCAGACAUACAGUAUAAUGGGAAAAUAAAGCUAUUUACUACUUGUUCUGGGAUGCUGCCUCUUUACAAUAGUGCUUUCAGAAACUUUUUUUUAAAUAUCAGUGAUAUCAAAUUAGAUUAAAUCCACACUGGAAAUGGUUUAAAGUAUCAGAAAAACUUCUGAAGCCUUUUGUGCUUAUCUGUAUAGCGUCAAAGCACUUUGAAGGGAAUCAGAAUCAAAGUCACUUUCAGUGUUCAUAUUGGAAAAUCAUUUUCCACCUUUUUUUUUUUGUUUGUUAGUUUUUGCCUUGGGUGAAACUUUUCCAAAACCAUCUUUGACAGAAGAUCGUAGUAGUGUCUUAAACAGAGACAAGUGCUGUGUAUCUGCGUCCUGUUUUUGGGGGCUCACUAUUUGUCAAGUAUUAGCGCUUUGUCAGUCUAAGACUAAGACUGAUGUCAGCUUUGGCCUUAGGAUGAGGAAGACAGAAUAAUAGAACUUCUUGGGAAAUAUGCAUAUUCACUUUUUUGAUGAGAGUAGAGUAAGAUGAGAAUAAAUAAGAACCACUCGUGUCUCUACACUAAAUGUGAAGUCAGAGCCAGGAGACCACUAGCUUAGCUUAUCAGGGGGUAUGACUAGCAAAAUAAAUUGUCUACUAGCCUCUACUCAUUAAAUUCUACUUUGUUUUAUUAAAGAUGCACAAAAAUGAGGUUUUAAAAAUGACAGGUGGUUACAUGCUGAAAACAUUUUUAGGCACACAGACCUCCUGUGCCUGUUUUAUACUAGACUGUGUGAUUUACUGAACCUUUGGGGUGUUAGCAAGCACAUGUUUUUGCCUUAGGAUGGAGGCAGCUGGCUUGCAGCAAUUAACAAACUAAGCUAACUCUCCAUGCUCCAGCUUCACAUUUCAGUAAUGGCAUACUGCCCUCUCCAAACCUACCCGUUUUUGUUUUACUGUUUUACUUUUACAGUUCAUAUUUUGUUUGUACGAAAUAAACUUGCAAGGUAUAAAGAGAGUAAGAUGUAGAAGUGGUGGUAGGUAGAAUUUUUUUAAAUUUAUUUAUUUUUUACAUUUGUUCAAAUGUGCUUCCGAUUUUAUGCUAAGCUAAUAGUCU